AUGAUGAAAAACAGAUUCGAACCAAUAGCAUGUCCUGUUUGCUCAAAAAACGUUUAUUUUGCAGAAGAAGUAAGGGCUAUGGGUCGUGGAUUUCAUAAACAAUGUUUCAAAUGCUGUCAAUGUUCCAAAGCUCUAGACAGUUUUACUGCAAAUGAUCAUAAGGGUUCUUUGUACUGCAAAAAUUGCUAUGCAAAGAACUACGGACCAAAUGUCUAUGGUUUUACAACGAAUAGCACACUAAUGAGAAGUACUUAUGAUCUUCGAGAUUGUACUAAAAUGAAUGGUUAUUCACAUUCUCAUAGUCCAAUGAUAAAUCAAUCACAAGAUUAUCAUUCACAAGAUCGUUUAACUCAUUUAGAACAUAGUGGAAAUUAUAUUCCACGUCCAUUUCGUAUACGAUGGUCUAGUGGAAAUUGUAAUUCAACACGUUGUGCAAAUUGUUCAGAUAUUGUUUAUGCAAAUGAAAGAAUAGAUGCAGUUGGUAAAGUAUUUCAUCGUUUAUGCUUUAAAUGUAAUGAUUGUCAACGUCUUCUUGAUCGUGGUACUGCAUGUGAUCAUAAUCGUGAAGUAUUUUGUCAUAAUUGUUAUAUUAAAAACUUUGGUUCCAAAGGUUUAAAAGCUGGUACAAAUCUACGUUGUGCUUAA